CGGUGCAUUUUCCCAGUUCUCUUUUAAAUGACUGCGGAAAAACAGAUUCUCCGAGCCGCAAAUGGGAAGACGGAUUCUCAGACAAGGCUUGCGAGUGCUCCGCAGCCAUCAUUUAACUGCGCCCGCAGAGCAGUUACGGUUUGUCACCCGACCCUCCCGGAUCGCCUCGUUUGUCCCUAAUGAGACUCUGAGGCUCUGCCCGUGCUGGGCUUCUCGGUAGCUGGAUGCUUGUCGUCCUCCGGGCAGCGCGAGCGCGGGGCACGCGUUCGCGCACACCCGCGCACACACGAAAACGCGCAAGAACUGAACCCAGCCGGAUUUCCAUUUCAAAAAAAGGAGACAGCCUCUGCUGUGAUUGUAGAAGAGACCGCGGUGUGAAUUAGGGACUGGGAGGCGUCGAGCAGCAGAACGGUCCAUCUCAGAGACUAAUUUUCUGGAGUUUCUGCCCCUGCUCUGCGUCAGCCCUCACGUCACUUCGCCAGCAGUAGCAGAGGCGGCGGCGGCGGCGGCGGCUCCCGGAAUUGGGUUGGAACAGGAGCCUCGCUCGCUCUUUCGCUCGCGCUCUCCGCGCUCAGUGCUCAGAGGCAGGAGGAGCCUGGACCCAGGCGCCGCCGGCAAGCGGUAGGCGCCGGAGCCCGGCCUCGAGGUGCGUCCCGAAUCCCAGUGCGCGUCUAGCAAGGAGCCUGCGCCCCAGAGUAUCCCGGUAGCGCCGCGGGCCGGUGCUCGGCGCGCCGGGCCAUGCAGCGGCGGCCGCGGCGGAGUUCCCAGUGCCGGUAGCGCCCCUCUGAGGCAGUCUGAGAUGCCCCGGCCACUGUGAACGGUGCUGCCCACCAGGACACGCUCAGUCCCGGACGUACUCGGUUCUGAGCGCCCGCGACCAGCACCGAAUAGAGCUGCGAGCGCGGCAAAGACUGCCCAGCACGGGCAGGGGAAGCUGGCUGGUGGCAGCCCAGGGACACGUACUUAGUCUGACUCGGGCUGGCACUGGCGGCUAGGGAUGUCGUCCUGGACGAAGUGGCAUGGACCCGCCAUGGUGCGGCUCUGGGGCUUCUGCUGGCUGGUCGUGGGCUUCUGGAGGGCCGCUCUCGCCUGUCCCACGUCCUGCAAAUGCAGCGCUUCUCGGAUCUGGUGCAGCGACCCUACUCCCGGCAUCGUUGCAUUUCCGAGGUUGGAGCCUAACAGUGCAGACCCUGAGAACAUCACCGAAAUUUACAUUGCAAAUCAGAAAAGGUUAGAAAUCAUCAAUGAAGAUGAUGUUGAAGCUUACACGGGACUGAAAAAUCUGACAAUUGUGGAUUCUGGAUUAAAAUUUGUGGCACAUAAAGCAUUUCUGAAAAACAGCAAUUUACAGCACAUCAAUUUUACCCGAAAUAAACUGACGAGUUUGUCUAGGAAACAUUUCCGUCACCUUGACUUGUCUGAGCUGAUCUUGGUGGGCAAUCCAUUUACAUGCUCCUGUGAUAUUAUGUGGAUCAAGACUCUUCAGGAGACGAAAUCCAGUCCAGAAACUCAGGACUUGUACUGCCUAAAUGAAAGCAGCAAGAAUAUCCCCUUGGCGAACCUGCAGAUACCCAAUUGUGGUUUGCCAUCAGCAAAUUUGGCAGCACCUAACCUCACUGUGGAAGAAGGAAAGUCUAUCACGUUAUCUUGUAGUGUUGCGGGUGAUCCAGUUCCAAAUUUGUACUGGGAUGUCGGUAAUCUGGUUUCCAAACAUAUGAGUGAAACAAGUCACACACAGGGCUCCUUAAGGAUAACUAACAUUUCAUCUGAUGACAGUGGAAAGCAAAUCUCUUGUGUGGCAGAAAAUCUUGUAGGAGAAGAUCAAGAUUCUGUGAACCUCACUGUGCAUUUUGCUCCAACUAUCACAUUUCUCGAAUCUCCAACCUCAGACCACCACUGGUGCAUUCCAUUCACUGUGAAAGGCAACCCCAAACCUGCGCUUCAGUGGUUCUAUAAUGGGGCAAUACUGAAUGAGUCCAAAUACAUCUGUACUAAAAUCCAUGUUACCAACCACACGGAGUACCAUGGCUGCCUCCAGCUGGACAAUCCCACUCACAUGAACAAUGGGGACUACAAGUUAGUAGCCAAGAAUGAGUAUGGGAAGGAUGAGAAACAGAUUUCUGCUCACUUCAUGGGCUGGCCUGGAAUCGACGAUGGUACAGACCCAAAUUAUCCUGAGGUAAUUUAUGAAGAUUAUGGGACUGCAGCGAAUGACAUCGGCGACACAACAAACAGAAGUAACGAAAUCGCUUCCACAGAUGUUGCUGACAAAGCUGGUCGGGAACAUCUCUCGGUCUAUGCUGUGGUGGUCAUUGCAUCUGUAGUGGGAUUUUGUCUGCUGGUAAUGCUGUUUCUGCUGAAGUUGGCAAGACACUCCAAGUUUGGCAUGAAAGAAUUAAAAAACAAACAAGCAAGCAAACCAUGCGGAACAAUCUGUGGCAGAUGGUUAUUUCGGCUCUAGGUUUUGUUUUGUUUCAUAAGAUCCCACUGGAUGGGUAGCUGAAAUAAAGGCAAAGACAGAGAGAGGGGCUGUGGUGCUUGUUGGUUGAUGCUGCCUUCUAAGCUGGACUCUUGGGACUGGCAUUGGCUUCUCCCGGGAAGUACUGCUUAUCUGGGUUUUUCUGGUAGAAAUGGGCGGUGUUUGCAGGAGUGCUGCACGGAGCCUGCCGAUGUCGUGAGCUGUGAUUGGGGAACGCCAGUGCUGAGGCAGCUCACAGGCAGCUAAGCAGAAACUCAAGAAAACAUCUUAAAUUAAUGCUUUCGUUUUGUUCUUACAAUCGUUCAAAUACGGAAUUGAAAUGAAAUUCCAUUGGAUUGUGCUUGUCCUCUGAAAGAUGUGCUAUUUGACUCUACUGGAAAUGUAUUUGAUUUUAUUGUUUCUGUUUAUUAAAGAUGAACUACAAAGUAAAAAAAAAUAUCUAAAUUUAGGGACAGGUGUAAGUGCACACUAAGCUGUAAUCUCCAUUUAACAUAUAUUUAGCAUCGUCUUCUGUUGUUUAAUCAGUAUUGAAUUCAGAAAAUCUCAUUUUUUCAUCUACAACACAGUGGCUGAAAGAGCAUAUACAUCAUCGCUGUUGUGGGGACUUGGUGAUGUCACUGAGAGGUUCUUUCCUUCACUGACAAUAAGGCCCAGAGUCAUGCAGUCAACGCUAAUGAUUUCCUCAAAGUUUCCUUAAUGGCAAAAAAAAAAAAAGAGAAGCUAUUUGUUUGCGGUGUGGGGUGGGGGGCAUGGAGGGGGGCUGUAGAUUUAGAUUAAGUAUAGUCAGUUUCAGAACAACUAAGAGUGAAAUAAAUUUAUGCAUAUUGUGCAUAUAUCCUUUUAUUUGCCCUCUGUGAUCCACCUGCUUUUUAGAAGUUUGCCCAGUGACAAGGCCACAGCAUCUCAUGCUGUUCCCAUGACAGAACUGCAGCUUUUUUACUCUGAAAAGGCCUGUGAGCAAAAUGGCUGGCCUGCUGUGAGCAGGAGAUGAUAUUGUGAGUAGGAUAGUCCCCCUACAACACACUACACUAUUGCUGGGUUUUCACGGGCAGGACAGCUUUGCCUGACCCCAGCAGCACAGAGGUGGCAGGUCACUAAUGAAUAUGUGCUUUAUAUUGCCCAGCUUCAUUGCUGAGAGGGCAGCUUUACAGCUACAGAAUCCUGCAUCCCUGCCUUAGUCUUACCAUGGUCCCCUGUCUCACUCACUUGGCCAUUGCAGUGACCUUUGUUCACUUUGCUCAGUCUGCGCCAGGUAGAAUCCCUGUCCCAAAGACAGGUUUGUCUGCCCCUGGCCCACCUCGCCACACACCUUUCUUGUUAGGCGGCCUUCGGAGCCAGGCCUGGAGCUUUUCCUUUGACAACACAAUCGGCUCUGACUGUGAAGGCAUGCACGUGGAAGCCAUGGCUGAAUUGGAAACUUAUUGACUUUUUUUUUUUUAAUUCCUUUUUGGAAAUAGUUUCUCAAAUUUGGCAGUUCGGCAAUAAGGAUUUAUAGAUUUUUAACUAGUCUAACAUGUUUGGAAAUGUUGUUUUGAAUCCCGUGUAACCAAGGCAUUCAUCUUAAUAAACCAGGAUCCAUUUAGGCACCAUUCGAUAUAAAAAGAUUAUCCAUGAUGAAUAUUUUGUACUCUGUCCUUUACAUUAGCCACUAAAUAUGGUAUUGCUUGAUGCCGACAUUCCAGAGUCCUAUGGAUUACAGCAUUUAACUUGGCUAUUCCAAACUCAGGCCCAAAAGGGGCAAAGCGUAAACUGGCUCCUCUUUCUCAAAAGUUUUCUUUCCAGUAAAACAUUUGAGUGUGAGAGCAGCUGGCCCUUGGUGUAGGGAGGUCCGAAUAUCUCUGAAUUGCCAUUUUCUUGUGCGUUGCUAAAUGACAGUUCCUGUCACUGCUUAGAUUUUGAUCUUUUUCAAAGGUGUUGAUUUACAACAAGGCCAACUAAUUGCAGAAACCCUGAACCCUGAAAGAAAAGUGAAAUUCAAACCGUAAGCCAGGCAGAAGCAGUCAGGAUGGCUGUGGUUCUUAAGUAUCGGCCAUUCAGUACAAUUUUUUUUUUUUAAAGCUUUUAUGUUGUUCCACGGAGCCAUAAAAAGGUGAUGAAUUGUUUAAGGACUAUUUUUAUAAGUUUCCCAGACCCAAAAGGGGGAAAAAGGAUAUUUGUACUCAACAGCUAGACGAAUGGCAGGGUAGAUUUUUGUUUUAAAAUGGAGAGAAGUGGACAGAUAAGGCAAUUUAAUAUAUCAAACAGCAGUUGACAUCUCCUAGGGAACGAUGAAAACAGCAGGCUGUUAGAAAAUUGUUUCAUAUGGUUCUUGACUUCUUCGCUUUUCAUUUUUUUAAAGUCUCUGAAGACCACAAUGAGUAACAUAGCUUCUCGUGUCUAAACUCUAGACCACCCCCUUUCAUUCUUUUUCUUUUAAUGCCCCUACAAGAAAUCUUUAUCGAGCUUCCUAAUGACAUGCAACAUGUGUUUUCGUAACAUUGGAAACGGACAAGCAGCAUUUUCCCUGAAAUCACAUCUGUCGCCCUCCAGCAAGGACAUGGCAUUUCAGGACCAGGCAGGUACCCUAAAUGAAAGCUGUGCACUGGGUGAGUGAACACCCGCCCCACCAGAGGGACAGCUGUCACCAAGCCCCAGCCAACUCCUGCCUCCUGGGAAUGUGGGCCCAGGUUUCCAAAGCUUCUGACUCUUUAAGAGAAACUUGAAACCUGGACUUUUAUGUGAAAUGUCUCUAUUUUUAAAAAGUUGGCUUGGUUAUUUUUAAAAUGUUAUGUAGGCCAACAAAACAGGUCUGUGGGCUGCCAGUUUGUUACUUUUGUCUUAAAGCAAAAUCAUUGUUCUCUCACUGUAUCCUUCUGUCUUUCCUUUGCAAAAACACUUCCCGGCAUCGCCAUUGAAAGCUGUAUCACCACUGAGUUAAGCACCUCAGUGAUCCUGGGGCUCUCCUGUGCCUUCCGCCAGCUGGGAACGUGGCUUACUCUCCCUGCCUGGGACUCUCUUGCAGCAUUGUUUGCCCUUCAUCCCCCAACCAGCCCCAUUUCCAUGUGGCCACAGGCCACCCAGUGAGUCCCUUCUCCCUGUUUUGUUUGAUGUGAUUUUCCUUUCACCAGUGUCCAUGUCACCUGGCCCGCUCAGGUGCCACCAAGUUCAGGGGAAAGCACACAGCUCCUUUUUGCAGGUGUCCUUAAUGUACUGGUGUGGCCAAUGGUAAAUGGAAAACAGGUGUGUCAUCUUCAAGAGGUGUGGUUCAAGCCCUGUAUCUUGCCUCAGGUCCCACCGAGACCCUACAAGGCAGCUGAGAUAGACUAAGGGACUCCCACUUUUGUCACAUGAGGCAUCAGUCUGAGGCCAAAGAAGGUCUAUCUCUCAACAGGAAAAACGAAUCGCCACAUACUUUAAAGACAAUUCAGGGGUUUUUACUCCUGAUCUCCAGCAGAGACUGAUUUCAUUUUGACCCAAAAGUGGAGAGCAAAGACUAGAACUAAACAAUCCCAGCAUCAGCCCAUAACAGAGCACAGAGGGAGCCUAUUUGGGGCUCCAACCCUUCAAGUUAUCCUGAAUUACACCCAGAGUUGUUAGGACUUGAAACCCCUCCUCAGACAGAGCAGAGGCUGCCAUUAUUAGGCUGACUGAGGAGCAAACAGCUCCAGGGGUACAAGACAGGAAUUUGGUUUCCUGCCAUGUGUGAGGGUAAGCAUGAUGGAGGCUCUCCUCUUUUCUCUCUCUUUCUUUUCUUUUUAUUUGCUUACAAUCCCUGACCUUUUUCUCUCUUCCCCUCCCUUCUCCAUCCUCCCUUCUUUCUUCUCUCAUCCUCCUUUUUCUCUUCCCUUCUCCUCCUCUUUCUUUCCCUCUCUAGACUCCAUGACAGAGUUUAUUUUUAUUUGCUUUAUUGGUUGCUCUGCAUACACCUUCCCCAUUGCAAAUUCGAAUCAAAGCACUAAAGGGGACCUGAACUAAAUCUUCUCUCAUUUCGUCAGAGAGCAGAUAAUUUACACUUUCUCCUGCUCUGGUGCUUUCUGUCUAGAACUCCUCCCUUGGUUUCCAUCCAGUUUCCUCACACAACAGGAGAAGCUCAUUUCACCGCGUUUUGUCAAGACUCCGGAUACAGAGGGGGAGCAGCUGAAGAGAAGUGAUUCCAUAUAAUCCAGGGUUCUCACAGGGUAGCCGAAUCUGGCCUGGUGGGCUGUGCCAUUCCUGUCUAGUAGAGGUCAGUGGAGCCCUCUGGGGCUGUGCCAGUCAGUGGACUUGACUCCUCAAGGAAACUAGGACAGAAGCAGUCUUCCUAUUAAGUGUGUCCUGCUGUGUUCACACACCAACAGUGCCCGUGGGCCAUGUCAGGUUUAUUCAAGGGCACAUGGGUAGGUUAAGGACUCUCCUGGACAGAGCAUGACUGUAACUUUCUGUGGGGUGCUGCCAGACUGAAUUAAGUUAACAGAAUUCCCAGCCCAGAAAGUGACAUAAAAACUGCUGUCACAGAAGGCAGCUUUCCACUCAAGUCAGCCCAUUUCCUUGUUUUGGUCUUCGGGGCCAAAGGAACUUCCCAGACAUCUGAUUUUGACAGUGAGAUCACUCUUGAGUUUAAUUCAGGCUAAUGUUACAGUGCAGCCUUGGGAUGAUCAUUAGUAGGUAUCCAAGAUAGGUUGCUAUUGAGUAUGUCCGGAGUCUUAGUUUUCACAGAAAAAAAUGCGUGAGAAGCAAAGAAAAGGUUUUUCACCACCUUUAUUUUAAGACAGUCCAUUUAUCAAUGGAGCAUAAAUGUGAAAUAGAAAGAGGGUCUAUGCAUGAUGUAUAUGUGUGUCAAAUCAUCAUGUUGCACACUUUAAAUAUUUUACAAUUUUAUUUGUCAUAUAAAGCUGAAAAGGAAAAAAAAAAUGAAAAAAGUAGCAAGAGAUUCCAGAGAAAGACAAAUUCUUGAGUGUCACUCAUUUCUUGUUGAAAUCCAUUUGCUGUAAUCCAUAGACAGCCUGUGAAUCAUUCUCAUGCCCUGUUUUAUUUUCUCCAUAAUGUUCCAGGUUUUAAAGUCACUUUUCCCAUUUCUUGUAAAUAGUGGAUAAUCAUUUUUAUUUUAUUUUUAAGUGCUGUUUUAACAUAUGGAUAGAUCAUAAAUGUACUUGCUGAAUUUAUUCAUGUUUUUUUUUUUAACAAGCCAAUAAAGUUUUAUAAUUCA